AUGUCCUCGGCGGUGCUCGUGUGUCGUGUGUGUGGCGAUCGCAGCUCCGGCAAACACUACGGCACGGUGUGCUGUGACGGAUGUUCGUGCUUUUUCAAACGGAGUAUCCGCAAACGGGCCGUCUACACGUGCAUCUCUGGCCAAGGUUGCUGCUCGGUGGAUAAGGCUAGGCGCAACUGGUGUCCGUACUGUCGCCUGCACAAGUGCAUCCUGGUGGGCAUGAAUGCGACGGCGGUACAGCAGGAGCGGGGUCCCCGCAAGACCUCUUCCGUUCGGCCAGAUGGGUUCUCGGUGCAGAUUCUUUCCCAAGUGCUGAUGGCGUGCAUCCGGCAGGUGCGCCAUAACGAACACUUUGCCAUCUUCAGCCGGACGCAGCAGAACGAAAUCCUUAGGCACGUCUGGUACGAGUGUUUUCUGCUCCGGGUGGCCAACUGGUCCAUCGACAUAUCGGCCCUGGUCGAUCGCUGCUGCGAUGCCCAUCUGCGUUCGGUGCUGGAUGACAUUCGGGCGCUUCGGGUGGAUCUGAUUGAAAUAUCGCUCCUUGAGACGCUGAUUCUCUGCCGGAAAGAGUACGCCCAGAGCGAGCGGGAAGCUAAUCAGCUGGAACAACUUGCCGAGGGGACCCUCGCUGCCCUCAGCCACUACAGUGUGCAGCGCUCGGAGGCGACGACGAGUGAGCGGGCACCCCCCACCGAGGGGGGUGGGAGAGCACGCCCACUCUACUGCCUGGGGCGCCAGUUUCGGUGCACGGGCACCGACUCGACUCGCCUCGAGCCGUAUGCACUGCACGCCGGAACCACUUCCGAGAGGUCACCGGUGCGCCUGGGGAAACUGUUGCUCGGCCUGCGUACGGUGGCAAUGCGCUUUAACGAGUUUUCCGUCCGUGCGAUGCUCCGGGAGGUAAUUAGUGACGAGGGGCUGACGAUGGAGACCAUCCUGGCGAAGCUGUAG